UUUUUCACACUAUGUGCUGAACGCCCACAAUGUCAGGAAAUAUUUAAGAACCGUGAUCUUUGGAAGAGCUUUAUCAGUUCCAGUGGAACCUUUAGGACUUACGGUCAUAUCGUUUUACACAAAACGCACAGAGACACAAAUGCAGCAAUAAGAAAAUAUCUUGGGGACCGGUGCAUCACAGACCGCGCUUCGCUACAAUGCCCGUGCAAGCCCCACAAUGGACCGAGUUUCUGUUGUGUCCCAUCUGCACACAAACCUUCGAGGAGAGCCACCGCAAGCCCAUCAGCCUGGGCUGCGGCCACACUGUGUGCAAAAUGUGCCUGAACAAACUGCACCGCAAGGCCUGCCCGUUUGACCAGACCACCAUCAGCACGGACAUCGAGCAGCUGCCUGUCAACACAGCGCUGUUGCAGCUCGUCAGCGGACAGGUACCCAAAGCUCCCCCCGUCACCUUACUGACAGCUGCAGAGGACGUCAAGCACUAUGAGGAGUCUCGCACAUGUGUGGAGGACCUGGCCCUCUAUCUCAAACCCCUGAGCAACACCAGAGGUGCAGGGCUGAAUGGCGCCGCUCAGAGCGUUCUCAGCAGACCCAUGCAGAGGAAGCUGGUGACUCUGGUUCACUGCCAGCUGGUGGAGGAGGAGGGCCGCAUCCGGGCCAUGCGGGCGGCCCGCUCUCUGGGUGAACGUACUGUCACUGAGCUCAUCCUCCAGCACCAGAACCCCCAGCAGCUCUCCUCCAACCUGUGGGCCGCCGUCAGAGCAAGAGGCUGCCAGUUUCUCGGCCCUGCUAUGCAGGAAGAAGCACUGAAGCUGGUCCUACUCGCUCUGGAAGAUGGUUCGGCCCUCUCACGGAAGGUUCUGGUCCUGUUUGUGGUCCAGAGACUCGAACCACGUUUUCCUCAGGCCUCAAAAACAAGCAUAGGACACGUGGUGCAGCUGCUCUACAGGGCCUCCUGCUUUAAGCCACCUCAGCACAGCAAAUACAAGACCUACAUGUGUCGGGACAUGAAACAAAAAGGCGGCUGUCCUCGCGGAGCAAGUUGCACCUUCGCUCACUCUCAGGAAGAGCUUGAAAAGUACCGUAAGAUGAAUAAACGUUUGGGAAUGAGGCGACAGCUCAGCCAGUCCCUGACCCAGCUCAACGAGAUGGACUUCGGCGCCGGUCUGUUGCCUGACGAGGGGCCGCCGAUGGAGGGACUCCCACGCAAACACUCCUCCAUCACUAACGUCAUCCUAGCAACAGGACAUGAUUCCACCUUGGCCCACCUAGUUUCCAGAGGCUCGGACCCGUCAUAUGACCCAACACACAAACCAGGGAAGAUGGAGUCUGGGAGCCUCAGUGCACCUGGCUCACCUCCAGACUCAUUGGAAUCCAUCCCAAAACCAGGGAUGCUCAUAAAUUCCCACUGCAGGGUAGCGGGCGAAGGCGCAGUCGGACAGAAGCACAUGCCUGCGGUGCCUAGAGUUCCUCACAUGUACUCACCACACCAGUCUGAACGGUAUUACUCUGAUACAAGAGGCCCUCUGCCACCCUCCGCCCAAUAUGAAUCCUCCCAGUACCCUGCAGGUAAUCCUUAUCCUCACCACAAUGUGCACCCACGCUACGCCCGCCACCCGGCUCCAGAUCAAGGCAUGCCACCAUAUCCGGACUCCUAUUCCAGCUCCUACACUUCAGAGCGCCAGUGCACCAACCCCAGCUCCCAUUACGGAUACUCUUCACACCAUGACGGCCGUCGCCACUCAGCCUACGCCCAUCCCCAGACAUUCCCCUCACGGGAGGAACUGGUGAGAAGGAGUCCAGACGUUCCCCCGCCCCUACCACCCCAAAACGCUUCGUACCUGCCAGAGCCAGACAACUAUAACCACUCCAGUCACAUCAGGAAUUACCCGAGGAAUGCCUACACACGACCUCAGCCCUCCCUAGACUACCUGCACCGCCGAAGACAGGAGAUCAUGGCCCAGCUGGAGGAGAGAAAGGUGGCUUCCCCAUCACCCUUCAGCUCCUCACACUCAUGCGACCCCAGCUACCCUCAGGACAUGAGGGGGCAGAGCCAUUACAUGGAAGACAACUCCCACAGUUUUGGACACUUCCGGGAACCGGACUACACCGGCUCAUAUUCGCCUUGGUCAUGUGACACCUUCGGUUCCUACAUUGGCAGCAAAGAUAUAAAGUCCAAGGAGGGCAUGAAGUCCAUGGACACACAAAAUAUAGACAAAGGCAAAAGUCUGAGAGCACAUGGCUUGGAGCUUCAGCGCAGAGCGGCAGACGUCAAAGACGACGACCCCAUCAUUCCCUUUGGCUCCCUGCCCACCGUGUCUCGUUUUGGGGCCAUCUCGCGCACGUCUAAACAGGGCUACCCGCCAAACAGUCCCAUGCCACCCUUGCCAAAGUCAGCCAAGCACACCGCUUCAGCUGCUGACUACUCCUAUGCGAAUCACAGCGGGUGGAGAGGCGACUCUUACCAGCCACACCAAACGUCUCAGGGGCACUUCAGCGAGCGAUCCAGUUUAUCCCCAGCCGUGCAGGCGCGUGAGCAACUAAGGAUGGAGCUACAGCAGGUCAACCUCCAAAUAAGCCAACAGACGCAGAGUCGCGGCCUGGAGAACCCGAGCUCAGUCAUGUCCCAGCCAUCUCGAGUGGACUGGUCGUCUGGGAAUUUGUCCAGUGAGCAGCUGAGUCUCGAGCUGCACCAGGUGGAGAGAGAUAUCGUCAUGAGGACACAGGAGAUGGCCAUGGAGAACCACGAUGGCAAGUACAAGCGGGUCUCAGUGGAAAAUGGACAAGACGAACACACUCUGCAACGAGAUGAACAUCCACUCACUCUUAGUGAGGGCUCAAACGGCUCCAUCGCUUUGGUCCAGGACUGUGGUCUCGUCAGCAGCAGCUUGUCCUCGUUGACCAGCAAGACGUCAUCUCUCAGUUUGUCCUCCGAACAGGUGGCCAGCAGCCCUGAUUUGCCCAAGAAUGGAGUCGUCCACUCCUAGCUGGCUCUUUCUACCUCAGAUUCCCCUUCCGCAACCACCGCCCCUCUAUUAUGCCAGGUUAAACCCUCUAGAGUAGGAUGAUCCAUCAUCGCUGUAUUCAUUCGCUUAAUCCUGAGCGCUUAGCUUCCUCCGCUGACCCUCAAACACCCAUCAGGCAAAUAUGGGUGGGAUUCACUGUGCAUGUGCCUCAGCAGACUUGCACAGUCAUGCCCUGAUUUAGUUUCUUUUUACAGCAGUAUCUGCUGUCGAUUAUUUUCUUCCUGUUUUUUUGUUCACCUCCUUCCCAAGACUAGCCUUUUUUCAUAGUAAAUCAGGGUGAAUCCGAAAAAUUCACGGUCUUAAGUGUAUGUCAGGCAACAUAUAUGAUGAUCUCAGUUAUGUUGUUUAACUAUCAUUAAUCCACUAUCUUGGGUUUCAAAAUUGCAUUUUUAUCAUCAUGUGCUACGUUUUCGGUAGUUACGCUCUUUGUCGUGCUUGGUGUGGCGUUUACACUUCUGUCAGAGUUUACAGUGUUUAAAUGGAUUAAUUUUUUAUUUUUUUUUUACAAUAACUGCAGGCUUGCUGCAUAUUCAACCAAUUUUGACGGUUUAAACUAUGUAUCGUGUUUCAUACAUUAGGCUUCAUUUAGGCUUUUACAGUGUGAUUGCUGCAAUGCACAUUAUUGUCUGUUAUAGAAAUACUCGUAAACCCCAAUGUUCACUGAUUUGACCUCAGUUGUUCUCAUGCCAACAAACCCAAAAGCCUUUUCCAGUCUUAAUAGGGCCCUUGUAUUGUUUUCAGCAUAUUACACUACACUGCCUGUGGGAUUUCGAUUGAACCGCCUGUAAUCAUCAUUUUCUGUGGUAAUGUCCUCAGGGAUGCAUUAUUCGACCUCUAUAUUUUGUGGACGUGAAUAGAAAUAACAAUCCUGGUUACUCUGGUUUUUUCAUAGUGGGUAUAGUUACAUUUUUCCAUCCUGAGGAUGGAAAGAAAGCCGCUACGGUAAUGCAUUCAGAUGCAUUCUGUUGUAAGAGUGCGUAUAUACUACUCUUCACUUUGUCAGUGAAAUUACGAUCUUCAGAUCAAGCCACAUUUUUGUUUGUGAUGCAAAAAUGUGAUGUUUCUCAUCCUGAAACAUGUGGCAUAUAUUCAAAGCAAAAAGAAAGACUUUGAUCCAGUUGUAGCCACCUCAAGACUCUCCUUCAUUCUCCGUUUCGUCUUUGAAGUUUAAAGAAGGUUGUUUUGAUGGGCCGGUUCGAUCGAAUUCCCCUACAGGCUGGGCUCAAGCGUGUACAUCACAGUCCUCCUCGACUUCAUUUUAAUACUGAUCGGGGGAUUAACUGAGCUCCUAUACUUUGCUUUACUGUCACAUGUCUUGCAGGAGACCGUUUGGACUUGAAAAGCUUGGACUCCUAACCUUUGAAAGGAAUAGUUCACCCAAAAAGUAGAACAAAAUCGGAACAGAUUUGGAGAAAUUU